AUGGGGCUUAGCCGGGCUUGUAAGAGUGAUGAAAUAUCCAGUAAUGGAUCUCCUUUAGAGUGGCUGUCCUCCUUGUGGCAGUGUAAGAGUGAUGAAAUAUCCAGUAAUGGAUCUCCUUUAGAGUGGCUGUCCUCCUUGUGGCAGUGUAAGAGUGAUGAAAUAUCCAGUAAUGGAUCUCCUUUAGAGUGGCUGUCCUCCUUGUGGCAGUGUAAGAGUGAUGAUGAAAUAUCCAGUAAUGGAUCUCCUUUAGAGUGGCUGUCCUCUUUGUGGCAGUGUAAGAGUGAUGAAAUAUCCAGUAAUGGAUCUCCUUUAGAGUGGCUGUCCUCUUUGUGGCAGUGUAAGAGUGAUGAUGAAAUAUCCAGUAAUGGAUCUCCUUUAGAGUGGCUGUCCUCUUUGUGGCAGUGCAAGAGUGAUGAUGAAAUAUCCAGUAAUGGAUCUCCUUUAGAGUGGCUGUCCUCCUUGUGGCAGUGUAAGAGUGAUGAAAUAUCCAGUAAUGGAUCUCCUUUAGAGUGGCUGUCCUCUUUGUGGCAGUGUAAGAGUGAUGAUGAAAUAUCCAGUAAUGGAUCUCCUUUAGAGUGGCUGUCCUCUUUGUGGCAGUGCAAGAGUGAUGAUGAAAUAUCCAGUAAUGGAUCUCCUUUAGAGUGGCUGUCCUCUUUGUGGCAGUGCAAGGGUGAUGAUGAAAUAUCCAGUAAUGGAUCUCCUUUAGAGUGGCUGUCCUCUUUGUGGCAGUGCAAGAGUGAUGAUGAAAUAUCCAGUAAUGGAUCUCCUUUAGAGUGGCUGUCCUCUUUGUGGCAGUGUAAGAGUGAUGAUGAAAUAUCCAGUAAUGUAUCUCCUAGUAAUGGAUCUCCUUUAGAGUGGCUGUCCUCCUUGUGGCAGUGUAAGAGUGAUGAUGAAAUAUCCAGUAAUGGAUCUCCUUUAGAGUGGCUGUCCUCUUUGUGGCAGUGUAAGAGUGAUGAUGAAAUAUCCAGUAAUGGAUCUCCUUUAGAGUGGCUGUCCUCUUUGUGGCAGUGCAAGAGUGAUGAUGAAAUAUCCAGUAAUGGAUCUCCUUUAGAGUGGCUGUCCUCUUUGUGGCAGUGUAAGAGUGAUGAUGAAAUAUCCAGUAAUGUAUCUCCUUUGGAGUGGCUGUCCUCUUUGUGGCAGUGUAAGAGUGAUGAAAUAUCCAGUAAUGGAUCUCCUUUAGAGUGGCUGUCCUCUUUGUGGCAGUGUAAGAGUGAUGAAAUAUCCAGUAAUGGAUCUCUUUAG